UGCAUUUAAUGGAUCUUACCUGUGUCCUCCUGGCAGGUUUGUUCCUUUAUCCAGAGCGCAGAAAAGCACUGGAUUGAUCAUCAAUAUGUCCCCUAUGCCCACCAGGGGCAGGAGUGGGUUGGCUACGAUGAUGCCAUCAGCUUCAGUUAUAAGGCAAUGUUCGUGAAAAAGGAACAUUUUGGGGGUGCCAUGGUGUGGACACUGGAUAUGGAUGACGUCAGUGGCACUUUCUGUGGCAAUGGCCCUUUCCCCCUUGUCCAUAUAUUGAAUGAGCUCUUGGUACAGGCAGAGUUCAACUCAACUCCUUUGCCACGAUUUUGGUUUACAUCGCCUGUGAAUACCUCAGAACCUGGCUCUGAGAGUCUGCCUGUGACAGAGGAGUUGACCACUGAUGCUGUAAAGAUUCUGCCGCCAGGAGGAGAGGCUAUGGCUGCUGAGGGCCCCAGAAAGUAUGAAAAUGUGACUACAAUCCCUAAUGGUGGAUUCGUGACCCCUGGGAGAACAAUGUCUCCUGCAACACAUACUGUAGCUCUAGGAAGUAACACCAUGGCUCCUUGGGCAAAUGCUACAACCUCACUGGACCUUCUGUCUGAGACCAUCACUGAGAUGACAAUGAUAGUCCAGACACAGAUACCAGGGGGAGAGACCACGGUCACAGUGGGUAAUCAGUCUGUGACACCUGGGGGAGAGACCACGGUCACAGUGGGUAAUCAAUCUGUGACCCCUAGGGGGGAGACCACAGUCACAGUGGGCAAUCAGUCUGUGACCCCUGGGGGAGAGACCACGGCCACAGUGGGCAAUCAGUCUGUGACCCCUGGGGGAGAGACCACGGCCACAGUGGGCAAUCAGUCUGUGACCCCUGGGGGAGAGACCACGGUCACAGUGGGCAAUCAGUCUGUGACCUCCACAGAGAUGGUUACAACUCUUGCCUAUCUUCAGACUAUGACUCCCAUUGAGGAGAGAACCUCUAGGAAGACUGUGGCCCUUGAAAGGGUCACUGUUCCCCCUAGAGAGAUGUCAGUUACCCCCAAUGGGCAGAAUACAUCUCUAGAGUGGGGGAGUUUGAUUACUGAGGUGGAAACUUACUCCCAGGAUGGGUGAACUGGUCCUUAACUAGAAGUGGAGGACAGGAUGCUGCCCUCCGGCUCCAUCAUCCUGUCCCCUGGAUAUGCUCCUUUCUCUUUGGAAAAUGGCUUCACUCUUACUGAUGGGAACUCUCCUUUGUCAACUCUUCAACUCUUCAAACAGAUCUCCUCUCUCUUAAGAAAAAGAAAAUUCAGGACACAUUGUUAUGGAUCAAUGAACUCUCUUGGUGGCAAAUCCUAGGGGAAAACCCUUGCUUUUUCUUCUAAAUGAUAUGACAGAAGCCACUUCAGGCUGCCACCCAUGAGCAUUUUGUGGGGCUAAGCUGGCAUCAAAGCCACCAUAGGGCAAUUUCCUUUCUGUCUAAUAAACUGGAAGCAUGAGAA